AUGGAAGAUAAAAUAAUACAAACACAUAUUACAAUAUUAUUAUAUUUAAUGCUGAUUGUUUAUUUAAAAAGCUUUACAAUAAAUUUAGGGGAUAUGCCUAAAAAAUUAUUUACAUAUAUAAAAGUAUAUUAUGGAUUUUUAAUUGUAAUUACAAUUGUAGCAUUUUUUCGUCGAUUGUUUUUAUUAUUUUAUUUAUAUAUCACAAAUACAAUAAAUAAGUUAUUUAAUUAUAUUUUGUUAAAAGAUAAUAAAAAUGAAAUAAAUUAUAUUAAAGGUUAUGCUAAUAAACAAUAUGUUCAAGAUAUUUUUUUUCAAAAUAAUCUAGAAUCUGAAAUUAUUAAUAAAUAUUUGAAUCAAAACCAAAUAGAUUUUUAUAGAUAUUUUUUAUUUUGUGAUAAUUUAGUAAAUUAUGAUAAAAACACGAAUCUCUGCUUAACAAACAAAAAUGAUGUUGUUCAGAAUGAGAGUGGCCAAAAUGAAAUAAACCAUGAUAAUUCGAUUUAUAUGAAAUCGGGAUAUGCAAAUAAAUCAAAUGGUGGUGAUGAUGAUGAUGGUAAUGGCAAUGAUAAUGGCGAUGAUGAAGAAAAUGAAAUUUUUUUUUCAAGCUGUGAUACAUUGUACGAUGUAGCAAAUAGCCAAGCUGAUCGUUCAAAUUUGUUAAAUCGUAUUAAUACAAAAUUUAGCCGAAAAUUAUUUAAUUUUUUUUUUCGGAAAAAUAACAGUUUGCUAAAAAAAACGCUUAACAAAGGGAAGGAAAAGGAGAAGGAAAAGGAGAAGGAAAAUGAAAAUGAAAAUGAAAAAGAAAAUGAAAAUGAAACACAAGAAUCGAAAAAUGGUAUAUCCACUUUUGGAGAAAUAAAAUCAAACAGUGAUAGCAAAAUGAGUAACGAAAUGGAUGGCGAAGAAAAAAGCAAUAAAGGAAAGUAUGGUAGCAAUCAUAUAAAAUCUUAUAAGCUUAAUAAAGAGAGAUAUUUUCAAAAACAUUUAAUAAAAUUCAAGCAUUUAAAAUUUAUUACUUUUAUGUUAGACCUUUUGAAUAAUUAUAAAAAAUAUAUUAUGAUUGACAAACUAAUUAAGCAGCUGAGCAGGCCUGCUACUACCACUAAUGGAAAUAGUAGUGGCGGUGACGGUGGCAAUAGUAGUGGCAAUGCGGAAGAUAAUUCUCUUUGUAAAGAAAAACAGAAUGAUGGGUUAGUUGUAGAAAAGAUAAAUAAUUUCGAAAAAACAUAUGAAGAACUUAAUUGCAUGCGCAAAAAUAAUAGUAAUAAAUUAGAAAGCUAUAAUUUAUUCUCUUCAAAUAUUUUUGGUAAUAUUUUUAAUACUGAUAGUGAAAAAAAAUCACAAAAAUCGAAAAAAUAUUUUGUUCAAAAUUUGGAUUUCCAAAAUGAUAAUAAAGAAAAUGUUAAUAUGGAAAAAGAAAUAAAAAAAAAUAAUGUAAUGUUAAAAUCAAUCUUAAAAAAAAAUACAUCAAAUUUAAAAAAUAAAAAUAAAAAACAUAUAAGAUUUAAUCCAAAAGUUCAAACAUUGUUAUUUGAAAAAUAUUCUGAUGAAGAAGAAUAUAUAUAUAAUAUGAAUAGUGGGAAAAAAGGCUUAUAUAAAAUUACUGAUGAAUAUAAUAUUAAAAAUUCAGAUAUAUUUAGUUAUUAUAAUAUGCGAAAUAAUUUAAAUUCAAUAUUUACUGACAUAAUUAAUUCCGUAUAUGUUUAUAAGGAUAAAAUGUCCAGAAAAAUUUAA